UAUUGUUCCCCCGGUCUUCGCAGCAGUUGAAGCUUUAUUUGCCCAGUUUUUAUUCAUUAGUUAAUCUUUUCUUACAGUCGUAACAUAUUAUUUUCCAAUAAUCUCAGAUGUAGCCAUUUAAAGCAAUGUAAAAAACUGAUGCUCGGCCUGUCUCAGAAACAUGGAUUUAAAAAAUAGAGUUUAAAAUAGAUGGGACCUUUUUAGCUAAAAUUUAGUCUUUCCAAAUUAGAGGCAACAUGUUUAUCAAACAGCUGCGUGUUUGCAAAGCCGUAAACCUAUGGAUUUGAUUCAUUAUUAGAGAAUAACUUGGUGGUGAAGGCGCGUAGCGUAACUUACAGUAAAAAUGGAUUCAGACCAGAGGAGAGACAGCCGCAGUUGGGACUGGGACAGCCCGCAGUGCCGAGCCCAGCUGGACGAGGUCUUUUUCCGCCCGCAUGACUACAUCCAGGCCGGCAGCCCGGAGCACAAAGAGUUUUGGGCUUUCUUUGACCGCUUCCAGAGGUUCAAAACAAAGAGGGACAUGUCUGGCUCAGGAGCAAAACAGGACAGAGAAGAGGGUAAAGACAAGAGAAAGACUGGCACUGGAAAGGUAGACCUUGGCCUUCCUAAAGAGUAUGAUGCUCGUUACCGGAUUAAUGUAUCUGUUUGCACCAGAGAUGUCGAGGAGCGCCUCGGGAAGUCAGAGCACAGAGGCAGGCAGAGAUCGUCGGGUCCAGGCAGCCAGGAGAUCUCAGACUGCCGCCUGGCUCUCCUGCAUUUCCUGGACUUCAGCCAGAGGCAGAGUUUUGGAAAGCUGGCCAAGCUUCGCCGGGAGCAAAAGAACCUGCCCAUCUUCCAGUAUCGGGACAGGAUAGUGGAGCUGGUGCGGCGUCACCCUGUGGUUGUGGUGGCAGGGGACACAGGCUGCGGAAAAUCCACACAAGUACCUCAGUAUCUUCUGUCAGCUGGCUUCAGCCACAUAGCCUGCACUCAGCCUCGACGUAUUGCCUGUAUAUCCCUCGCAAAGAGGGUCAGCUUUGAGAGUCUCAAUCAGUACGGCUCAAAGGUAGGUUACCAGAUCCGCUUUGAGACCACCCGGACGCUGGCCACCAAACUGCUGUUCCUGACUGAGGGGCUGCUGCUCCGACAGAUCCAACAGGACACGACGCUGGCUCAGUAUCAGGUGCUGAUCGUUGAUGAGGUCCAUGAGCGACAUCUUCACUGUGACUUUCUUCUUGGGGUCCUGCGUUCUCUGCUGGCCGACAACCCACACCUGCGUCUCAUUCUCAUGUCAGCCACAAUCAACAUCAAGCUUUUCUCUGACUAUUUCAAUAGCGCUCCUGUGCUGCAGGUGCCAGGCAGGUUGUUUCCUAUACAGGUGAUAUACCAGCCCAUUCCACCCGAGGAGCAGUCCUCACGUUCAGAGAAGAUGGAUCCCAGACCAUAUCUGCGCAUCCUGCAGGGCAUCAAUCAACGCUACCCUCCAGAGGAACGCGGCGACCUGCUCAUCUUCCUUAGUGGUGUGGCAGAAAUCUCCACCAUCCAGGAGGCCUGUCAAAUUUAUGCCACACAUACACGUCGCUGGAUUGUCUUACCGCUGCACAGCACCCUCUCACUGGCCCAGCAGGAUAAGGUGUUUGACAUUGCUCCUCCAGGGGUGAGAAAGUGCAUCAUCUCAACCAAUAUUGCUGAGACCUCAGUUACAAUAGAUGGAGUGCGCUUUGUUGUAGACUCAGGGAAGGUAAAGGAAAUGAGUUUUGAUCCUAAGGCCAAGAUGCAACGUCUGCAGGAGUUCUGGAUCAGCCGAGCCAGCUCUGAGCAGAGGAAAGGUCGAGCCGGUCGUACAGGUCCAGGAGUGUGUUACCGCCUGUACGCUGAGUCUGACUACGAUGCUUUCGCACCUUAUCCUGUGCCUGAAAUCCACAGAGUUGCUCUGGACUCCCUUAUUCUUCAGAUGAAGAGCAUGUGUCUUGGAGAUCCACUUUCUUUUGUCUUCAUUGAUCCACCUCCAGCUGCUAGUAUCCAGACUGCAGUCACUUAUCUGAAAGAGCAGGGGGCGUUAGACAGUCGUGCUGAACUGACCUCCAUUGGUAGUUUGCUGGCACAGUUGCCAGUGGAUGUGGUCAUAGGGAAGAUGCUGGUGCUGGGCUGUUUGUUUAACCUGGUGGAGCCUGUAUUGACAGUGGCAGCAGCCCUUAGUGUUCAAUCACCUUUCCUGCGCAGCUCACAGCACAACCCAGACUGUGCCACUGCCCGCCAGCCCCUGCACAGCAACCAUGGAGACCCCUUUACCUUACUCAACACCUUCAAUGCCUGGGUGGAGGUGAAGGGAGAGAGAGGUGGUGGCUCAAGGAAAUGGUGCAGGAGGAGAGGCCUGGAGGAGCAGCGACUAUAUGAGAUGGUCAACCUACGCAGACAGUUCAAGGACUUGCUAAGGAGCCACGGCCUGCUGGAAUCAGAGAGUAGCGCUCCCUCUAGUGGUGACCGCGAGAAGCGUAGGGAGAGGCUUACAGAGAGGAGGAAGCUGCAUCAGCUGAAGAGAGAUCAUGAGCAGCAGGAGAGCAGCAGACGUAAAGUCUUGAGGCUGAAUGAAGGGCAGGAUGGAGAAUUCUCCUCAGGAUCAGACACAGAGGGGGUCAGUAGAGACAAGAGGGACAAGGGGGGAUCAGGACAGAACAUGGACAUACAGGAGGUGAAGUUCAAGUUGCGUCACAAUGUGUCAGAGCUGCAGGACGCAGCCAACGUCAGCCAGGACAUGUCCUCCCGGCAGCAGGCUUUGAUCAAGCUGCUGCUUUGCCGAGGCCUCUUCCCCCAGCUGGCAGUGCCUGAUGAACACAACUCCAACCGCAAGGACUCAGACCAGGUGUUUCAUACAAGGAAUAAGCAGGGAGUGGUGAUCCACCCAACCAGUGUGUUUGCCAGCGACCCAGAGGUGCUACAAGUGCCGGAGGAAAACACCAGAGAAAUGGGGCCUGAUAGGAGGGACAGCAGCAAACACCAGCUGCUAGCCUUUGUCACUCUGUUGGAGACCAACAAGCCAUAUUUGUCCAACUGUGUGCGGGUUCCAGCACUGCAAGCUCUGCUGCUGGUUGCAAAUUCCAUUGACAGUAAUGCUGACUGUACGCGUCUGGUGGUGGAUGGCUGGCUGGAGCUGGAGCUGAGGGAGCCGGAGGAGGCCCUGAAGGUGCUGUCCACAGCUCUUACCCUCAGGGCUGAAUGGGAGCGCCUCCUGUUGGCCCAGCUGGGACAGAGCACAGUCAAGGGAGCAGCAGUCCAGGGAGUGUCCCGCAAAACCAUGGAGAAGCUGAGCGAAGGCCUGGUCCGCUUUCUGCUCUACACUGAGGUCAGUUACAGCCUACGGCGACUCACAGCUUUCCAGACCCAGAACCUGUACAUCGGCCCUCAGUCUGAGUCUGAGCUGUCUCAUACCCAAGCUCCAUUUGUAAACUCACUGUUUCCAGGAGUCGAGGUCAAGCCGGACCCGAUUAAGGGAGGCCUGCGUGUCACCAACUUCUUCAGCUACAACUGUUUGGCUGACUCAAAGGAUCUUUACAGUGAGUGUUUACGCACUUUCUGGAGCUGUCCUAACUGUGACCUCUACAUGCCUCUGACUCCACUUGAACGCAUGCAGCAUGAGGCCUCCUGCAGACCAGCAGGAGAACAGCAGCAGCCAGAGGAAGAGCCAGAAGGUGGAAAGGCAAGCUCAUCCUCAGUGUCCAGUCUCACCAGAGUUUAUCACUGUGAUGUCUGUGAUGAAGACCUGACCCUCACCUCCACUGAGAUCCUCAAACACAAAAGACAGCACAUGUGUUCUGCUAAGUAACUGAUCACAGCAUCUAAAGGAUGCUACUGUAAUUACACCUUGUGCCUGUUCUGUUGAGGGCAGACUUAAGUUUAGAGAAUUGAGUUGUUAUUACAUUUGUGUCACUGUUCUUCAUCCCUUUUGUACUUGAGGAACUUUAUUAAAGUGCUUCCCUAAUGGUCA